AUGCCCGUCCGUUUCAUUGGUUUCUUGUAUCGCCUGCCAACUAUUUCCUGGGAGGAGUUUGACCAGAUGUGGACGAACCAUGGCGUCAUGCUUUCGAAACUCCCGGGGAUUAAAGACGGGAAGGUCAAAUAUGUACAGUACCACAAAAACCCCGCCCUGAUCCCGUCUCUCCAGCCCCUCGCCAUGAUUUCAGACUGUGACGGUAUGGCGGAGUUCGAGGCUGAGACCAUGGAGGAUGUCAUGGCUGUGUUCUCGACGGAGGAGUUCGCCAAGACCAUCUACCCAGACGAAGGCCGUUUCCUCGACAGGACAAAAUCGAUAGUUAUGCCUCUGGCGCCCGCGGCAUAG